UCCUAAUACCAAGUGGAGGAAGUCUUUUUCUUCUUAAAGGUCAAAGGUCAAGAGCGUAGUAUCACUUAGGAAAACCCUGUAGGCAGAAUACAGACUGAACCAUUGGGGCUAGGUAGGAUAGUCAAACUGGGUACACAUACACCAUAUGCCAAGUGGAGUUUGUCUAUUGUUUCUCAAGGUCGUAGUACAUGAGUCACUUAUUAAAGAAACCUUGUUCUCCUUUUCCAUAUUUUUUUUUCGCUAUGAAUGCAGGCUGAAAUUUUUUCAGAACCUUUCUCAGAUCGAAAUACAAUUACAAAAUCUAUUCACAUUUCAACUUGAUUGGUGCACAAUGAACUACUUUAGGGAUAAAAGUAGGUUAAAUUGAUUUCUGGAUUUUUUUCCUAUCAUUAAUACAGAUAUUGCAUUGAAGUUCUUACAAAUUGUAUAUACAUCUAAGAUAUUUUUUUUUCUUUUAAGAAUAUGCAUAGAGGUGGACCAAAGGAAUACCCAUGUGUUUCAUGUGGCAGAAGAACAAAAGUUGACCAAAGGCGAUUCAUUAUUGGAUCUUCAUACGAAAGCUACAGAGUGUACCUAGGCAUCACCACCUGUCAGGAAAAAGACGUAACUUGUACUAACUGUUAUUCCAAGUUUUACAGAGCAAGUCAUAUCCGGAAUUCAGUUGACAAAACUACAGAUUGUGUUUCAAAUUCAUUGUAUGACAGUGAUCCAAAUUAUGAACCACCAGUUAAAACAAGAAAGACAUUGUGCGUGAAAAGCCCAAAAGUGAUUCCUCUUCCAAUACAGUCUUCUGGGAAGAGCCAUUCCAGUUGUGUAAUUUGCAAAGGAAGAGACUCUAAGUUGCUAACAGUGUCUACAGAUAUCAGACACAGAAUAUUUAUUAGGACAGGUCACAUGUUACUGCCUGGAGCAAGGUGCUGCCAGAUACAUAUGACAUCAGAUUUCUCCCUAAGGGAAGAUGCUAUCAAGUUUCUGGCAACUGCUUCCACUGAAUGUCAAACCUUUUUCAACAAAAGUGACUUAUAUUCACUUAUAUCAUCCAUCAGAUCAGUUGCUCUCAGGAAUGAAAAAUGCAGAUUAGACUUUGAUACCAGCAAAGGACUUGCUGAUUUAGAUUAUAUGAAUUUAACCGGGAUUUCAAAGGAAAAUUUUUAUGAUGUUAUAUCCCAUUGCCAGUCAAUCCGAUCAACAAAGAAUCGUAGCUUAAGAACAUGCAUUGCCCUUUUGUUGGUGAAGUUAAGGACUGGCCUUUCAAAUCAAAUGUUGUCAACACUAUUUAACAUUGAAAAAAGUGGCGUAAGGAGAGCAUUAAGAACAGCACGAAAGGAGUUGACAGAAACGUUUACACCAAAUUAUGUUGGUUUUGGUUAUAUAUCAAGACGAGAUGUUAUUGAGAACCACACAAGACCACUAGCUCAAGAGAUAUUUGGCAGUAUCAUAGAGAAACCUGCAAUCCUUGUGGUGGAUGGAACAUACGUAUACAUACAGAAAAGCAGCAACUUCAAAUUCCAACGUUGUUCCUUCAGUCAACACAAAAACCGUCCACUAGUGAAGCCUAUGGUUAUCGUGUCAACUACAGGAUACAUUGUGUCUGUUCUCGGGCCAUAUCUUGCCGACCACAAAAACAAUGAUGCAAACAUUUUGAAACAUUCCAUCAAAACCAAUGUGGAGGAUAUUCAAGAUUGGUUACAGUAAGAUGAUAUCCUGGUAGUAGACCGUGGAUUCAGGGAUUCCAUUGACUUUCUUGACAGUUUAGGAAUCAAAGCCCAUAUGCCAGCCUUCCUCCCUAAAGGGCAUAAACAACACACAGUGGAUGAGGCUAAUUCAGCUCGAUUGGUCACCAAAAUCCGGUGGAUAGUUGAAUCUGUCAAUGGUCGGUUAAAGCAGUGGAGGUACCUAAAGAACGUUGUGCCAAAUACACAGAUCCCCUACAUUGGAGAGUAUGUUUGCCUGAUUGCUGCACUCUGUAAUAAGUACCGACGACCUCUUAACCAGGGAAAUCAAGACAGUGACCAGAUUUUGGGUGCCAAAAUGAAGUAUCUAGCAUCACAGAGAAACCCAAGAGAGAGUGGAAUCUGAGGCACUGCAUAGAAGAAUCAGCUCAUGGAAGGCCUUAGAUGCUGAAGACUGUGUAGUGGAGUUUCCAAGGCUCUCUCCUGAUGAACUCCGCAACUUGACAGUAGGUAUAUACCAACUGAAACUUGCCAGGAGUUACACAACAGAGCAUCUCAGUGAAGAUGGUGACUACAGCAUCAUGGUGAAUUCUGAGAUUUCUGAUGUCCUGCGUGUUCGAAUCCAGAGUCGCCACAUCUCUUCC